CAUCAGCAUACAGUUCAAAUUGCUAUUUGAGGAAAGAUGGCAUCUUUGAGCUCGUUGACAAGAGCACUUCCUAUUUAACAGAGAAAUUUCUCUUUUCUUCCCAUACAUCUGAUAUGGCCUUCGGAUAGAUCUGAUUCCCCCCCUCGGCACAUGGUAGAUGCAGCAUCAUGAAUGGCUGUGACCAGCAGGCCAGCUUCUGCAUCAGGGUAGUGCCAAAAUGGAUGGGCUACGUACUUCUCUAUUCUGUAAGCAUCACACUUUUGGUGACUUUUUAUGCCAGUUGGGAUAGCUGGCACUCACCAGCCAGGAGGCUUCUAGGGACACACCCAAAGCACCUGCUAGACAGAGACAAAUUGUUAGAACUUGCCAAAGAAGUUACUCAUGAAUACAUCAGUGUGAACAAAAAACUGCACUUUGACCACCACUGCUCCAAUUGUUCCCUUGUGGUCAGUUCGGGCCAACUUAUCAGCACAGCAGCAGGCAAAGAGAUUGACCGGUCUGCUUGCGUGAUCCGCAUGAAUGAUGCUCCCACUGUGGGCUACUCAACUGAUGUCGGCCGCAAGACAACUCUCAGGUUUGUUUGCUUCAAAUCGUUGCCUUUUCUCACAAAUGCUGUCCUCACAGGUAGAGGGAAGACAGAUAUGGUGGCUGUGUGGGGCGUAGAAAACCCUCAUCACAAGGGACGAGCCACUUACAUGCUAAGGGAGGUGCUGAAGGCCCAUGAACGCACCCCUAUCCAGUUCUUCUCCAUGCAGAAUGAAGGGGAGACUAAAGUGGCAGAGUUGUUUGAGAAUGAGCUUGGGAUUGACAGGGUAAAUACCAACACAUGGGUUUCCACCGGCAUGUUUACCAUGCUUCUAGCUAUCCAGAUGUGCGAUAGCAUUGUAGUCUAUGGUCUGGCAGAUGAAAACCAUUGCAAGCUCCACCCUGACAGUCGUAUACCCUACCAUUACUACGGCCGGUCCAUGCUAGAGUGUGAGAUGUACAGGCAGCACCAGGGGGAGAUGAAGCAAGGCAGUCAUCGCUUCAUUUCGGAGAAAGCGCUGUUCCGCCGCUGGGCCACCAUGCUGGACAUCAGGUUCCGUCACCCUGCCUGGAACUUGACACAGCUGAGGGCAGCAGAUGGGCAAGCUUGAGACGUUUGAAAACAUUAUUGCACAGAAAAGGUAGUGUUUAUACACAGUUGCAAGGGGCUUCCCGACACCAUUUUUAGAUUUUGACCAAUGGUGUGUUGAGAAUAGCCAGACAAUUGCCACACUUUUCUUGUUAUUUCAUGAGAAAGGGGGACUCAUGCACUGCUCUGAAAUAUUUGCUGUACCAUGUUGUAUAGUCGUCACAGGUGGGAUGACCGAUUCAUGUACGCUGAACAAGCUGCGUCAGGAAAUGCUAUCCACUGAAAAAACUUCUAUUUUCAAAUUUUGUUAGACCUGAUCACAGCAUGGUGUGACUGUGGUCAAGUUGAGUUGCAUAAUUUGGAGAUCUUCUCAGGAACCCCUGAAGAUUUUUCACGUAGAACUUUUCAAUUUCUUAGUUGUACUGCAUCGUCCAAACUACUUUCCACUGAUACAGUGUGCUUGUAGUCUCUGAUUAGCAGGACAGGAUUAGUGUUAAAAUUCUCUACAACAUGUGCAAAUAUAUCAGGAAUUGUAGUUUUAUAUAGGCCAGGCAAACUCAACCUAAGUUUCGCGUCCUAGACUUUACACCUGCUCUCUGUUCUUUGAAGCUCACUGAAUGCCUCUGAAAAUCUACUAAGACAUUAAUCUUGGCUGGAUAAAUAGGAUCGAAGGGGUUUGCAUGAUGAGUAUGGUUACUUUCGAAAUGCAAAAAAUGAAACAUUUUCCACCCGAAAUGACUUCACAGCCUUUCCUAUUUUAGAAAUUAGUUAAACCUCUUCUUCAGUUUACUUUUGCUAUUAAAAAAGAUUUCAAAAUAAAAUGUGUAUGUCUAUAGAGGACUGAAACGAAACAACUGUCACCACAGGUGCUAUUAUGCAGACUGUUUGCAACUCACCAAAAAUGUGCCUUUUUAGCUUUUUCAUGAAUAAAGUGUUCAUCCAAAAGCUGGGCACACACUUUCCGCAGUUUUCUAUUUCGAAGCAUCUGCACACUCAUUUACGAUACUAGAUCAUGCACAGUUUGGGUAGUUUGUUGGGUGCUCCUCACAAAUGGAAAAAAAGCAUGGCUUGAAUUUUUUUUACUUAGAUAUAAAAUUGAAUCAUGUAUAUUGUAGAUUCUAAUUUCAGAAUGAAAUAUAUUUAUUCAAAAUUGACAGUAUUCAAAUGAAAUUUAUCUCAGUACUGAGAGUGCAACUGAAUCAAAAUGUUAUUAAUAUUUUUAUCUGUUACAAAUGUUAUCUUUUACAUGACGAUGAUAAAAUAUAUUUCAGAUCAUUCGAUUUUUUUCCCAGUAAUAGGUGUGUUUGUAAGUUCUAAAUUUUUAGCUAUUUAAUUUUGUUAGAUGCAGUGACAUACUUAGUAUGACAGCAGUGCCUGUGAUCUAAAGAUGAAGUGCCAAAUUUGUAUUUGCUAUUUCCAGUGUCAAUAUUGUGUAGAUAACCAAAAAAGUGAUUCGACUAUUUCAAAUAUUUCUCAGGUACAUCAAAACGUAAAAAAAAUUCUAUAAAGCAAUAUCUGUAUUCCAUGAAAAGGUAACAAUGUAAUUUCUAACUUCUUGACAAUUGUUCAAAGUUUAGCCAAUUGAAAAGUAAGGUUAACCCCCGUACAAUAUACAAGAACCGUUCUACACACUCGUGAGCAUUACUAUACACUUGUGUUUAUCUUGAAUCGAAGAUAAAUUGUAUUUAGAGUUGAUUAGAAAAAGGCCAGUCUUUACCCAUUGUCAAUAAAAAUGUAUUAGUCAACCCUUUUCAUUUUCUCAA